UUUUUUUAUUUAUGUGCGCUACUAUUACGCAUGUUCACACAUUAGUAGGAGGUUACGAACUAUCGGUUCAUAGUAAAACAAGAUAUUAAGUCACUGUAGAUAUAUUCAAUGUAGAGAAACACUACAUGUGUUUGACCAAAUAACUAUGAAACUAUUAUUAACGCUGAUGCCACGGAAAAAGUCUGCUACUGUUAAAUAAUGGUUAUAUUGAAAACGGCGAAUCGCUCUAGAAAAAAACGAUAAUUGUGAGCUGAUAUCAAAUACAACAGACGUAUCAGCUAAUCAGAUAUAUAAAUACAUACCAUUUGUUAUAAUAAAAUUUCCAUGGAUCAGUACUAUGUUGGGAAAACUAUCAAUAAUUAUUCUCUUGCUUUGCUUAUGUAUUCUGGUGAAAGGUCGCUUGUACCUCUUCCAGAAGGACUGGGGUCGCCACGAUGUCAAGUACGGCCAUUUCUCCGAGAAGGAGCGUCUAAACAUGCUUCAAAAGGUCCGGGAGAUGUUCAACUUCGGUUAUGACAACUACAUGAAAUAUGCAUUUCCUAAAGACGAACUAAAUCCUCACAGCUGUCAUGGUCGUGGCCCUGAUUAUGACAACCCUUCCAAUAUCAAUAUAAAUGAUGUCUUAGGAGAUUAUGCAUUGACCCUUGUUGAUGCUUUGGACACACUUGCAAUUAUGGGGAAUAGUAGUGAAUUCCAACGUGCAGUAAAAUUGGUUGUAGAGCGUGUAUCAUUUGACAAGAAUAACACUGUCCAAGUGUUUGAGGCAACCAUCAGAGUUCUUGGAGCCCUUCUCUCUGCUCAUUUGAUCAUUACUGAUCCCCACCAACCAUUUGGAAAUAUGAAUUUGUUUGAGUACAAUGAUGAGCUCCUUCAUCUUUCUCAUGAUCUUGCCUCUCGUCUCCUGCCUGCUUUUCAGGCUACUUCAACUGGUAUUCCUUAUCCAAGAAUAAACUUAAAGAAAGGUGUUCCUCCUAAUUGUUUGAAUGAAACAUGUACCUCAGGUGCAGGCACACUCCUGCUUGAAUUUGGUGUACUCUCACGUCUGUUAGGUGAUCCUGUUUAUGAGUCUGUAGCUCGACGAGCUGUUGAAUCUCUAUGGAAAUACAAGUCUAAUGUCACUGGAUUAUUAGGUAAUGUAAUUAAUAUACAAACUGGAGAAUGGGUUGGCAUCAUGAGUGGACUUGGAGCUGGUCUUGAUUCCUUUUAUGAAUACUUGCUCAAGUCUUUCAUUAUGUUUGGUGAUAAUGAAGAUCUGAAAAAAUUUAAUGAAUCCUAUGAAACAAUAAAAUUCCACAUGCGAAGAGGGAGGGUGCACUGUAAUAAAGGAUUGGGCCAUCCCCCUUUGUAUGUGAAUGUCAACAUGAAAACAGGAGACACUGUUAACAAUUGGGUCGACUCAUUGCAAGCAGCUUGGUCUGCUCUUCAGGUGCUUAAUGGAGAUGUUGAAGAGGCAAUCUGUACUCAUGCCUUCUUUCAUACAAUAUGGAAGAAAUAUGGUGUUCUUCCUGAACGUUUCAACUGGCAGUUUAAAGCAACUGAUCUUCAGUUUUAUCCUCUUCGUCCGGAACUGGUUGAGUCAACGUACUUUCUUUAUCAAGCUACAAGAAACCCCUUCUACCUCCAUGUUGGCAAAGAAAUUAUCCACAGUCUCAACACGCACACAAGAACCAAAUGUGGUUAUGCAACCAUCCACAAUGUUCAUCGAAUGGAUCAGGAAGACCGAAUGGAAAGUUUUUUUCUUAGUGAAACUUGUAAAUAUUUAUAUCUGUUAUUUGAUAAAGACAACCAUCUCAAUAAAGAAGCCAUCAACUAUAUAUUCAGUACAGAAGGCCAUGUUUUCCCUAUCAACAGUAGAUUCAGGACUAAAAAAUACAAAGAUUACCCACAACAUACACGUUUAAAACCUUCAGUUUCAGUUGUAGAUCCAGUCCCUAAAAAUCACUCUCAGUGUAACAACAUUCCUGUUGAAUUAAGGUAUUUCCUUCCCGUGAAGAGUGUCUAUUUGGAACAGAUUGAACAAGCUGUUGGAUUACAGGACUCUUUGUGAAGAUGUCUCCAUCACCCCCUCCCCCCUGUUCUAUCUCCCUCUCUUUCUCUCUUUUAAACUGUCUUUCUAAAUGUCUGUCUAUCUCUAACAACAACUGCUUUAGCUCUUAUUGUCUGCAAAAUGUUCAUCACAGAAUGAAAUUAAAGAUCUCACCUAACAUCUAUCAGUUCAUUGUUAAAGUAUUCAGUGUAACCAUGUUUCAACUGCUGAAAAGAACUCCUUCAUCAUAGUUACCAUUUCAUCACACUUGUUUCCACUUCAUUCUCUAUUACUUUGAGAUAAUUUACCUGCAUAUUUGCUAAUUGCAGGUAUCUUAAAAUGCCAUUAUCUAAAGCUGCUAAUAUCUUUACAACAUACCUAUUCUACUGUACACUGGGUUAAUUGAAAAUUGUUUUAAGUAAAACAGUUUCAUACAAUUUAAACUUUAUACUCCUUUGCAUAAUAGUAUCAUAAAUUGAUUUCUUCAUAGACUGAAUCUUCUCUCCAUUUUAACUCUAAGAUUACAUAAUUUUACUGUAGAUUUUAAAAUACUUGCCAAUUUAAUCUUUACCCCCAAAAUGUAUAGAAACAAUUAAUCAAGUGGAAGCUGAUGUUUACAAGUCAGUAUUUACUAACUUGGAGACAUCUAAUGAAGCUAGCAAGUUUUAUUUAUGAAAUGCAAACAAAAGUCUAUUUUUGCAUCUUUGUAGAGUCUAUUUGUGGCAUCUAAAAUAUGUUUAUUUUAAUUUUUUUUUUUUUUUCUAU